AUGCUGCAACACGCCAUCGCUGAACAAGGGCUCUGCACGCAACCGGUGGAUAGGUAUCAGCUCUACUCGGUUUCCUUCGUCACCCGCCUCUACCUUCCGCCGCUGCUUUGUGCUGCAGAAGACGAACCUCUUCGAUGGCGUUCGCCAAAGCCCAAGGUACUCGGUGUGCUCAGUCACGGAGAAGGAAAAGAUGGGGAAAACAAGGUACCUGGCGGGUGCGGAUUGAAGAAGGGUCUCAUUGUCUCUGUCUAUCUACAAAGGUUUGUGGAUUGUGAAGCCUGCCAACCAUUUGGAAGAGCUGAAUAUGAAAGUCCUGAGAAGGCCGUGACAAUAUACUCUGAAUCCUUCAAGACGAUUCCCGAGCUUCAGAUUGUUCAAUUCACUGCUGUCAUGGCAUGUGUGGAAGGAAGCUCGAUCUAUGCUUCAGAAGAUAUUAUCAUGUACCAUGAGCAAAUCAACUGAAGUUCGAUACCCAAAAAUUUAACUGACCAUGUUUCUCUAACCUAUCCUCAUAAAGAAUUUCGAUUGACUUCUUUCAUUGCAGCUACUGAACUGAAGUUCAGAUAAUAGCAGUUUGAGGGACAAAUCACUUAUGCAAUUGUGAGAUAACUAGAGCUUUGUACAGGUUGAAAAUGUUUCUUUUUUUUUUGUCAAGCGUAUGAUGUCCCACCGAAAAUUGCCAGAACUUUCUUUGGCUGUAUACCGGGAAGGAAGAUAUGAGCAUACCUGUGUUUUGUCUCUUCAAGCGUUCAAGAUUUUGUCAAUGAGUUUAAGUUGAUAUGUUCCUGUUUAAGAAGCACGAGGAGACUGAGGUCCCAGGUCCUUACAACGGGCACAAGGUUUUGAGCAGCUAGGGUACGAGGGAACUGAAGCCAGCAAGUAGAUUUUUCUGCUGUUGCUACCCUAGAUAAAAAAAACAAAAAUCCAUUUCUUGCUUAUGAAAUGCUUGAGAUGUGUUAUGAGCAUUUGAAACUACAUGAGAAUCUAUCUUGAAUAAAACUAAUUUAUUGAAAUGCAGGAAAUUGAGUUUACGGCAAUGCUUCUUGCUUUGUUCUAAACUCAGACAAUUACUCCCGUCUCCUGUUUGGUGAUU